CAUCGUCGUAGCCCUCCGUCGCAGAGUCUAUAUAUCAUCAUUACAUCAUCGACUCUUCACGGCAGUGUAAAAACAUUGAACAAAUUCAACAGGAUAGACAGAAAAAACAAGAUGAAAAGACGACUAGUAGAAUAUGUUUUCAUUUAUGUUGCAAUAUACAUUUUUUCUGUAGCCGCACAGAGUCUACCCUCAAAGAAUUGUCCAUAUGCAUGUAACAAUGGUGGAUAUUGUAUAGAUGGUCAAUGUUUGUGCUCAUUUAAUCAUGGUGGCAGAUACUGUCAGUUCUUGUUAUGUCAUCCACCAGCUGUCAAAAACAGUAUGCUAGUUCUUAAAGGGAGUAAGGGCUACAAGAUUGGGAGUGGAUAUACUGAAGGAACUGUGAUCUCCUAUAUUUGUAGAGAAGGCUUUCGGGCUGUAGGAGGAAACUUUUUGACCUGCACCAGCACUGGGAAGUUUAAUACAGACCCUCCAUUAUGUUUAGAGAACAGACCAACGAGCGAAACAGUAUGCAAAAAUGAGUAUAGUUCAUUUUAUGCUCAGGAACAAAAGAAAAUACAGACACAGGCAAGUUAUGAAAAAAAAGCGCAAUAUUCUGUUGGUACUGAAUUGAGAUUUAAUUGUCCUUAUGGGACAAGUCUUGAGGGCACAGAGGGACAAACACAAAUGCUGGUCAAAUGUAAAAAAGAUGGCACAUGGUCCCAAAAAUGGAAAUAUUGUCAAGGCACAUUCUGUGAGAAACCUCUGCUAACCGACGGAAUCAUCACUCCCUUCAAUCGACUUUUAUUUACACCAACAACUGUUAUUCAGUAUUCAUGUCGUAGCGGUUAUUAUCUAUGGGGUAAAGAAAAAAGCACAUGUCAAAAAUCAGGACAAUGGUCACCAGCCUUACCACAAUGUAUCACUCUAAAUGUGUUUAGGAAUCGAUGUAUUAUAAAUAACCAAAAAUUAAAAUUUAGACAGAGCACACAAUAUCCUAAUGAAAGGGUACCCUACUGCUAUCAGGCUGCGACUGCAAGUGACGCUGCUGCACAAGCGCAAAUAAAAACUAUAACCAUAGUAACUGCCAUUGCAGUUGCUAUCUUUGGUGUCCUUCUAAUAAUUGUUGCUGUGGUAGCUUUCCAAAGAAGACAAAUAUUACGUCAAAUACGAAGGGCUCGUAUAGAAGCAGAAAUGGCGGAGAACGACCCUAGUGAGAGUUACCAGGAGGGUUUUAUUAACUUUUUGUUGCCUUCAUAUGACGAAGCACUAAGAAGUAAACCUACCACAGCACCACCAAGCUUCGAAGAAAGUAUGCAGACUGUUGCUAUGCAACGUAACGAAGGAGAUUCCAACAUGGCAGCACCAUCAGUGUCAGAAUCUCUUUGCAACAAUCUCAACAGUCAGAAUUUAUAUCAGGAGCAGGUCUCUGGUGAUGAAGAAGACAUAGUUGUUCCUAGAAAUCGUAAUGAGUUAAUAAUUUCAAAUGAAAGCACAUCGUCGGUAUCAUCUGUAGACAGUUAUCUGAUUAUGAAUAAUUCUGAAGAAGUAAAUCUAGUGUAAUUUGUUAACAUGUAAACUUCUGUACCUGCUUUUUUAUUAUGCGUUGUGUUUCCCUUUGCUGGCAAAAAAAUUUUUCCUUUUCCUAUUGAAUAGUUUAUCAACAGCAACCUAAAAUUGUCCAGCAUAGCUUUUCUUAUAAAACUAAUAUUUGUUUUUAAAGAGAAAAAACAUUUUACUGUAACACUCGCUUACCUCUUUUAACCGUUUUGUCCAGCAAUAUAAAAGAUAAGGAAAAGGUUUACUCGUUUUAAAGAGAAGUUUCCUAAUUAAGAUAUUUUAAUGUUGAAUUUUCCUUCUAAUAUAUCUCAUACUGUCAAUGCUUUAUUACUUUGUGACAUUAAAAAUGAAGGCUUACAAGUUGGCAAUUUAUUAAGUCGCCCUGCUGUUAUCCUCUGCCUCCUUCCAAUAAGCCCCACUCUCAAAAUCAUUCAUGGUAAAUGCUCCUUGUGACUCAAUUAAGUAUUUAUGAUACUAAACCUCUGUUAGAGUCACUUCCUAAUCAUCAACUAGAAGCAAAGCUUUUUAGGAAACAAGUUAUAACAGCAUCGCUAAAAACAUGUGAGACAUAUUAAUGACUUGUGUCAUGUUUACACAAACUUACAUUCCAGAUUCACUGUAUAUAUAUGUAAGGAUGACUUGUAUUUUACAAGAAAUAAUAAUUUUUUGUACACCUGUCAAUUUAUGUUUUUGGGUAAUUGAAUUUAUUAUUUUUAACACUUUGUAUUUAAAAUUUUUCAAUAAUGGAAGAAAUGAUUUCCUCGAA